AUGGACGAGCUUAUUCUCGGCGAUACGACGAACGGCCAAACCGCUAAAAUCCUCCCGCCGAUCAUUCUAAUGUUCCCCUAUUCGAUAUUAUUCAUCAAGUCUCGAUUCAAGGACAGAGAGCAAUUAGUUUAUCCCAUCUAUUUGAUGUUCUUCAUCGUCUGCUUUUCUGUCACCUUCUUCAAAACCGGCGUCAUUGUCAUUUUGUAUUAUUCGAAUGCACGAGCGAUGGGAAAUUUGUCGAUGGAAUUGACCGUCAUAUUCUUGUACGCGAUGAUUUGGAAUAAUGUUUUCAUUAAUACCCAUGUGAUACCAGUUGGCCUUCUACUUCUGUCAAUUCAACGAUACGUGGUGAUCAAUUUCAAGGAGAAAUAUUGGAAAUUCGUUUCCGGAUAUUUCCUCUUAUUCCUCAUCGUCGUCGACGUCAUCACAGCCGUCUGGUUCGUCUUCUAUAUGGACGCAGUUGGUUGCGGUAUGAUAAGCUUCUAUGAAAUUGCUGUCACCGAUAAUGAAUAUUGCGAUGAUGGCGUGUAUGUCGAUCGCAAAAUGAGAAUUUCGGCGAUUGCGCACGCGGUUUUCCUUUGGGCUGAGUCUCUCUUGAGACCAUUAAUUGUUACUGGUUCGGAUAUAGAAGCUGAUGGUCAAGCCGAUCUCAGGGUCUGGAUCGAUUGGCAUCACUUGACCAUCAGACUUUAA